AAAGGCCUCUCUCAGAGCCCAGUGCGAUCAUCACGUCGAUUCGUCUUCUGCAAUUAUUACAUAAAUUCUUCCAGAAAAAGUAAAUCGAAUGAAAUUAGUUCUUUAAAGAUGGGAAAAUCCUCAGAAAUUUUGCUUAAAGCUAUCAUCAAUGAUAUUGUACAGGUCUCAAAGGUUUACCAUCAUUGGAUCUUCCCAGAUUCGGAUUCAUCACUCUCGAUGCCAAAAUAUGUAAAAACAAUUAAAUAAAAAAAUAUUUAAAAAAAUUGAAAUACGAUUGAUUAUUGGGCAAUUGUAGAUGCGAUGAUAUGAAUAUAGCAGGAUUUUAUUAGCUGCGCCGGUGGAACAACGGCGGCGAAGCGACUCAACUUUCCGGCGACAAUUUCUGCCUCGAUCGGAAAACUCGGAGAACCCUUAAUCAAAGGCCUCUUAUUCAGAGGCAAAACGAAAGAAAUCUGGAUUUCAAAGAAAAAUACGAUCAAAAAAAGAUGAAGGCAUGGGGUGGGGCAGAAUUGAAGCCCCAAUUUAUAAAGUGAAACUUGAAGAAUUAGGGUUUGGGCAGUGAAUGACCCGGAAUACGUGGAAAAGAGGGGAGACUACAGUGCUAAACCCAUGUGUAAAAAUUAAAAUAAAUAAAUAAGCCUUCCCCUCUCUCCACUCCCACAUUUAUAAAGGAAGGCCCGCAACGCAUUUUCGCAACGCUCAGAUUCCCUUCCGACUCAGCGCCCUGCACAUGUGAACCGCAAUCAAUCAACGGGGGGAUAAGCAUCUGGAAAUCCGUUCUUCGCUUUCUUCGUCUUCACGCCGGUAAUCGCCGAUUCUGAUCCGUUCCACAGAUCUCGAUCUUCUGAUUCGCCGACUCCUGAUCUGGACAGUUCGAUCCACGAGUCUCGCGGUUUGCCGGAACCCGAUCGGAUCGUCGGCGAUGGAGUCGAGUGUUUUUGUUUCGAAUCCAGUUACGAACACGGCGAGUAGAGCGGCGGCGAAUAGGAGGAGGAAGAAGAAGAGAAGUCUUCUUUCCGGCGCGCAGAGUCAAGAUGCGAACGGUAUCAGCUCGGCUGCUGAUUGGAAGUCGGAAUCUCAGCAGCAAGUCUACUCCUCUAGGCUUCUCGGAGCUCUGCGGACGCUCCGGAUAAGUCCGCCGCCGGCGACGGCGACGGCGCCGAAGGGAGGGAGAGCUGUUCGGGAAGUGGCGGACAGAGUUUUGGCGGUUACAGCGAAAGGCCGAACCAGGUGGAGCCGUGCGAUCCUCACCAACCGCCUCAAGCUGAAGUUCAUGAAGAGGAAUAACAAGCGGCAGAGAGUCGUGGCCGCGGCGGCGGCAGUAGCUGCGAGAGGGAGUAGUCGACUGCCGAAGAAGCCGAGAUUGAGCAUUCUCCGGCUGAAAAUGAAAAAUCUACCGACUGUACAGAGGAAGGGUCGGGCAUUGGGCCGGAUUAUACCCGGUUGCCGGAAACAGCCGCUGCCGGUGGUUCUAGAAGAAGCCACCGAUUAUAUAGCUGCGCUGGAGAUGCAAGUCCGAGCCAUGAGCACUUUAGCCGAUCUACUUUCCGGCGCUUCAUCUUCAAGCUCAGCUCCUCCUCCUCCUCCUCUUCCACCACCAUCUUGAUGAUGAACAUUCAAUUCAUUUUCUGAUCUUAAUUUUAUUUUCUACAAUUCCUAUGUUUUAAUAGUAUCAAAUCUUCCCCUGUAAAAUGCAUUUUCUACUUGCCCCAAAAAACUUAUGUAUACUCUGUAUUUUUCAACUGGGAUUUAACCAGAUAACCAUACAACUGUUGCAAAUAAAUCUUGUGCCUUGGGGGGUUCCUUGUAAAAUGCAUUAAUGCUAUGUAUAAUUGUGUCAUUAGAUUGUGAUGAG